AUGACGUUUGGCAUUGCAGGCUCAGGUUUAGCAUCACUGCAAUUUGAUGUCAUUGGCAGCUCUGCCCCGUGCUGGGAAGGGAGACCGUCAGAGCCGGAAAAAACCUGUGUGUCAGAAGGUGCAUUGCUGGAGCCUUACCCAUUGCUAAUAAGUCCAUGCAGGUUAAACCUUCUUUUCAUCCUUUGGAUCUCAACGAUGUUUGUGUGCUCGGGUUACCCAAUUGUCCCUUCCAUGGUAAGUGGAAAAUCUGAUUACUGCCUCGUCCUGCUGAAUAGCUGCUUAGCCAAGGUGGGCAGGAGCGAAGAACUGGCUCUUUUAAAGCCUUACCUGGAGAUGCCUAUCAAUAAACGGUCCUUUCGCAAUGGUGUUGGAUCAGGAAUUAAAAAAACUUCCUUUCGAAGAGCAAAGUCAUAAACAAGUGUUCCAAACCGUACUCUUGAUUUUAGCAUCUGAUGCUUAACUUUGUGCUUAAAAUCGUUUUAAUGCUUUUCUCUGAUAAAGCUAACAGAGACAAAUGUACCCGUGUCUUCAUCUUGUAAACAGAUGUUUAUUUCAAAGAGCACAAGCCAAGUGGAGCAGAUGGAAUUGCUCAGAA